AUGAGUGCUAGAGGUACUUGUGGAAAGGGUACGCGAGGCCGUGGUAGAGGCCGGUGUGGUGCUGGGACUGGGUCUUCAGCAUCAGUUGGGGAUGAUGCCCUGUCUCAAGCGAUGCUGCGAGUUCUUGGAAGGGUUGCUGGAGCGAGUACGGGAUCAGUGGCCCGGGGGUCAAUUUCUGAGCGACUCCGGUCCAAUGGGGCGAAGAUUUUUAGAGGUGUCUCUAGAGUAGCCCCGAACGUGGCAGAAUAUUGGUUAGAGGUUACAAAGCGGAUAAUGGAUGAUCUAGACUGUACCGUGGAGCAGAAAUUGAAAGGGGCAGUUUCGUUGCUGCGAGAUAAGGCUUACCAAUGGUGGCUCACUGUGAGGGAAGGGACACAAGCUAACCGGAAUAAGACGGCGGCGGCAUAUGAGGCAGAGUUUCUACGGUUGAGUCGUUAUGCUCGUGGGAUAGUAGCGAUGGAGUACGGACGUUGUGUGCGUUUUGAGUAUGGCCUUCGAAAUGAGUUGAGAGUUUUGAUAGCUCCGUAG